GAUGCAGACGACCAUUUGAUGGUUAGCGAGUAUGUGAUUGAGAUCUUUAACUACAUGAAAGAGAUCGAGCUUACCACUAUGCCCAACCCGAACUACAUGGAAAGCCAGAAAGAGCUUGCGUGGAAGAUGCGUGGAAUCCUCACUGACUGGCUGGUCCAAGUCCACGUCCGUUUUCGUCUUUUGCCAGAAACGCUGUUCUUGUGCGUUAACCUUAUCGAUCGAUUCCUUUCCACACGCGUCGUUUCCCUUGCAAAGUUGCAACUAGUCGGUAUCACUUGCCUUUUUGUUGCGGCAAAGGUUGAAGAAAUUGUGGCUCCAUCCGUUGCGCACUUCUUGUACUCAAAUACUCUUGGACCUAUCUCGCUCGAAACUGAGAUCCUCCAAGCAGAGUGCUAUGUCUUGAAGACGCUCAACUGGAAUUUGAGUUAUCCCAGCCCAAUGCACUUCUUGAGGCGGAUCAGCAAGGCAGACGAAUAUGACGUGAAGGCUCGCACGAUUGUCAAGUACUUCCUCGAGAUUCAAUGCCUAGAGUGGAGAUUGUUGGCUGCACCUCCAUCAUUGAUAGCUGCUGCUGCUAUUUGGCUUGCCAGGCUGAUUUUGGGUCAGGAUAAGUGGGUGAGUAGACUGACAGGAUGA